CCCGGUGUUUUUGCAUGUUUUUACUUUCACGUGUGUCAAAUAUUGUGAAUUUAUCAUGUCUUCAAAGAAGAAAAGUAAAUCGAAGCGUUUAAGCGAAGGAGACAGUUCGUGUAACUCGAGCAACUUCGAGACUUCCAGCCACGAGGGAAGUAAAAGCAGCAACACUUUUACUGUCAUUGACUUUAUUGAGAAAGCUGAUGAUAAAACACCCAAAAGUUGCAGAUGGUCGCUUGCUCAGUUGAGCCUCAACUCGCUGAAGGCGGCAAGCGUCAGCAUCGGCAGACCCGUUCUCCUCACGAGUCCUACGGGGCGGCAGGAGGUGUGUGUGGGUUGGCCUUUGGCCACCUUCCCCAGUGGGAAAGUGGGUCUCCACAAUUGUGUGCAGACCAACCUGAAAGUUAAAUGUGGUGAUGCAGUGUUGGUUCAACCUGUGACGGGUCCUGUGCUUCAAGCUGAGGAAGUCAUUCUCUCUCCAAGGUCUGUGGAUGACAAAUUAAACAUGGAAGAGUUCAAGAACUUCUUGCUGCAUUCAUUAAUCAGAAGCAUCCUCCUCCCUGGAAACGUUUUGUCCAUCACAUACUUUGGCCAGCCGUGCAGUCUUAACGUGGAAACCAUACGAGGAGAAGACGGCUGCUCCCUCCGGAAGCCGGUUUUUCUUCAUCUUUGUCCUUCCCUUGACACUGAGGAGUCGUCAAAUCCCGCCGACCUCUCUCUAAAGCUUGAUCAGCUAACCUUGGAUGACACAGGGGGAUCCCCAGGGACCCCCGCGGCCAGCACACCGCACAGACAUGCUGCCUGUCAGUCUCCCCUCUCCCUGGCGUCUCCCAUUUCAAAUCACAUGGACCCUGCUGAUGACUGCCAGGAGAACACCUCAGCCUUGAACAGUUCAUUCAACACAGAACAUCCUCCCCAGUUGUCCAUAGCGCCUUCUGGUGCCGUGUCGUGUCAUGACACCUUCUAUAUCCUCUCAUCCACAAGUAAGCUGAGUUUUCGAGGCCAAGUCAAACAAAAAGAGACCAAAGGCCAAAAAGCAAAAGUCACAUACAGCAUGAUUGGCGGCCUUAAAAGCCAAUUGGAUGUCAUCAAGGAGACCAUUGAGUUGCCUCUAAAACACCCAGAGCUCUUCUCCAACUAUGGCAUCCCGGCUCCCCGAGGAGUUCUUCUGUACGGACCCCCCGGAACAGGCAAGACCAUGAUUGGUCGUGCCAUUGCUAACGAGGUGGGAGCCCACAUGACUGUAAUCAAUGGGCCGGAAAUCAUGAGCAAGUUUUUUGGUGAAACUGAGGAGAAGCUGAGGCAAAUAUUCACCGAGGCAUCGAAAAGGACACCUUCCAUCAUCUUCAUCGACGAGUUGGACGCUCUGUGUCCCAAGCGAGAGGGCGCGCAGAACGAGGUGGAGAAACGAGUGGUGGCGUCCCUUUUGACCCUCAUGGACGGAAUUGGCUCCGAAGGCCAUUCGGGCCAGCUUGUGGUUUUGGGGGCAACAAACCGGCCCCACGCUCUCGACCCAGCCUUGAGGCGACCGGGCCGUUUCGACAAGGAGCUGGAGGUUGGCGUUCCCGGUCCCGCCGAACGUGCCGACAUUUUGCGCAAGCAGCUGAGAUCAGUCCCGUGCGACGCCAGCGAACAGGAAGUGACACAGCUGGCUGACGCCGCUCACGGCUACGUCGGGGCAGACUUAGCGGCUGUCUGCAAAGAAGCAGGACUAAAUGCAUUGAGGCGAGCGAUUGGAGCGACUGACAAUCCGUCAGACCGGCAACUGAAGGGCAAGGUGACCGUCACUCUUUCUGACCUCCAGUGGGCCAUGUCAGUGGUGAAGCCCAGUGCAAUGAGGGAGGUCUCCAUCGAUGUUCCCAAGGUCCGCUGGGCUGACAUCGGCGGCAUGGAGGAUGUGAAGCUGAAACUGAAGCAGGCCGUGGAGUGGCCCUUGAGGCAUCCAGAGGCCUUCAUCCGCAUGGGCAUCCAGCCACCUAAAGGGGUCUUGCUGUAUGGACCGCCAGGCUGCUCCAAGACCAUGAUAGCAAAGGCCCUGGCCAACGAAAGCGGCCUCAACUUCCUAGCCAUUAAAGGUCCUGAAUUGCUAAGCAAGUAUGUUGGGGAGUCUGAAAGAGCCGUGAGAGAGGUGUUUCGGAAGGCCAGAGCUGUCGCUCCCUCCGUCGUCUUUUUCGACGAGAUCGACGCCUUGGCUGGCGAAAGAGGAAGCUCUCCGGGAUCGGGCGGCGCAGGCGAUAGAGUCCUGGCGCAGCUCCUGACAGAGAUGGACGGCAUAGAGCAGCUCAGCGACGUCACUGUGCUGGCCGCCACCAACCGGCCGGACAUGAUCGAUAAGAAAGCGUCGAACAGUAAGCGAACACAUGUAUGGACAUGCCCGCCCACUCCACACAUGUACACACAGAGCAGCCGAGUGGCAGAGGUGACAGCCUGCGUGCACAUUUGUUGCUUGUGAAGCAUCCAGAGGCCAUUGCUGUAUAUAACCCCUUUUUUACUGUUUAUUGUGCGUUUUCAAUUGUGGUCGAGUACCUGGGGCGAGUUUAUGUGAUUGUUUUUGAUGAUGUGCAGAUGCUAACUGCUACAUGCUAAUUGUCUGUUUUUACUGUAUCAGCAGCUACUUCUAAACGCAAAUGGAAUUGCUGUUAUUGAAGAUAAGACUGCUUUAGUUUUAUUUUAGUUUUCAUUCUGCAAGAUGUCAUGCAGCUGAAUAAAGUCAGCAAACCACACUGACGUCUGACAUCGUCAUUUCGAAGCUCAGCUCGCUGUCUAGCCAGGACUUAGCGCUGACUUCUUAGCAAGGAAAGUAGAAUGAUAAUGCAUGAUUUAUGUUUUUCUUUUAAUUUAGAGCAGCGGUCUCAAACCGACUCCACAAAGGGCCACAGUGGGUCCUGGUUUUUGUUCCAACAGAUCCAGCACAAACAGUUCAACCAAUGAGGUUUCUACUAACAUAAGCAGCACCUGAUUGCAAUCAACUGAUUACACUUGUAAGAAACCAGAUUGGUGAAAAGGUAUUUGGGUGUU